GACACUCAGUGCAGACGACCUGGGGUACUCAGUGGUGGCCCUUAAAAAGGCCCACCACCGAGCUCCUGGUCAACAGUCACACCCAAGCUGCUCCUCCGCGACAGGGUCCACCAGCCAUGGCUUUCAAGUGCGCUGUGCUCGCGCUGGCCGCUGCCGCCUGCCUCUUGUCCACUGUCUCGGCGAGUCCAGUGGCGGAGCAAGUCCGGUUGCCCUGCAGCCAACAGGUCCUCGACUGGCUUGACGGCAAGGUCCAGACCUGCUGCAGCGAUUUGCCGUCCUUCGUAUUCCCCGAGACCAAGAAGCUGUGUGGCUGGCAAGUCACCACCCUGGCGGCGGAAAAACCCGCGUGCUCUCUGGACGACGUUCCCCGAAAUCUGAAGACCUGCCUCAGCAUCUUCAGCGACAUCAUCUCUGACAAACAGAGCACGACUGCUGUGAACUGCAUCAAGGACGCCAUCAAAGCAGGGAUUUGAAGUCGUCCGAGUUCAACUAAUGUGAAUUAAUGCCAUGAGCAAAUAAACACCCUAGAAAUGA